AUGUUGGAGGGCGACGAUGCUUCAACCACACACGCCAACAAGGCAGAGCUAGACAAGAUGAAAUACCAGGCGAUGAGUCCAUCGCUGGCCAGCGACUGCAUCAAGGUGCAGCUCCCGCAGGCAAAAGCUCUUGAUGGUCCUUAUCGUCCAGCGACUGCACUACCCACCAAGAUACCACUCGACCCUGGCAGUUCUUGUAUGCUAGGGCUACGACCUCGACUCAAGCCUCGUCCUUCCCUGCUUGAUCUAAUUCAGCGUCACAACCUCGACGUUGGUCCCGUCCCACUCACCUCCCGCUCCUCUGCCUCCGUUGACGACGAGCUUCCCGCCCAGAUCCCCUUGCCUCCGUCCCCAACAUCGCCUCGAAAGACUCGAGCCAAUUCGACUCCGCCGCAUACUCCCUCUAGAGCGUUCUCUCAAAUUGUCGCGUCGCCGAAGCGAGGUUUGAAGGCUGCAAAGAUGGCGCCUGCAAAGACGGAGAAAGAUGAAAACAUGGGGAGGGUUUUCUCGGUGUCCGGCCCUGUCAUCGUGGCGGAGGACAUGAUAGGAUGUGCCAUGUACGAACUUUGUGCUGUUGGCCACGACAAGCUCGUUGGCGAAGUCAUUCGUAUCGAAGCGGACAAGGCAACCAUUCAGGUCUACGAAGAGACCGCCGGUGUCACAGUUGGUGAUCCAGUUAUUCGCUCUGGCCAGCCUCUCUCGGUUGAGCUUGGCCCGGGCCUCAUGGAAACCAUCUACGACGGUAUACAACGGCCUCUCAAGGCCAUUGCCGGCAUCUCGGAGAGCAUUUAUAUCCCUCGUGGUAUCUCCCUCCCCGCCCUAGACCGUGAGAAGAAGUGGGAAUUCACUCCGGGCAAGCUGAAAGUCGGCGAUCAUAUCACUGGCGGCGACGUGUUUGGCACCGUCUUCGAAAACUCGCUGCUUAGCGAGCAUAAGAUCCUGCUGCCGCCACGAGCACGGGGCACUAUCACAAGAAUUGCCGAGAAGGGAAGCUACACCGUCGACGAGAAGAUCUUGGAGCUCGAGUUUGACGGCAAGAAAACCGAGUACAGCAUGAUGCACAAGUGGCCCGUCCGAGUGCCGAGACCCGUCAGCGAGAAGCUCUCCUCAGAUCAGCCGUUGAUAGUCGGACAGCGUGUGCUAGACGCGCUCUUCCCAUCCGUGCAAGGUGGCACCGUGUGCAUUCCUGGUGCCUUUGGCUGCGGCAAGACUGUCAUUUCGCAGUCCCUGUCCAAGUUCUCCAACUCUGACAUCAUUGUUUAUGUUGGCUGCGGUGAGCGAGGAAAUGAGAUGGCCGAAGUCUUGAUGGAUUUCCCUGAACUUACGAUCAAGGUCAACGGAAAGGAUGAACCCAUCAUGAAGCGAACAACCUUGAUUGCGAACACAUCAAACAUGCCCGUGGCUGCCCGUGAGGCUUCCAUUUACACCGGUAUCACCGUUGCUGAGUACUUCCGUGAUCAAGGUAAGGACGUAGCCAUGAUGGCGGACUCUUCCUCGCGCUGGGCUGAAGCCCUCCGUGAGAUUUCCGGUCGUUUAGGAGAAAUGCCUGCGGAUCAAGGUUUCCCUGCUUACCUUGGGGCGAAGCUUGCCUCUUUCUACGAACGUGCAGGUCGCGUCACCGCUCUAGGUAGCCCAGAUCGCAAGGGCAGUGUUUCUAUCGUUGGCGCUGUUAGCCCUCCCGGUGGCGACUUCUCCGAUCCCGUCACGUCCUCCACGCUAGGUAUUGUGCAAGUCUUCUGGGGUCUCGACAAGAAGCUUGCCCAGCGAAAGCACUUUCCGUCCGUCAACACGAGUCUCAGCUACAGCAAGUACACCAAUGCUCUUGACAAAUACUAUCAGAAGCACAACCCAGAUUUCCCGCGCUUGCGCGAGCGCGUGAAGGAACUGCUCACCACCUCCGAAGAUCUUGAUCAAGUCGUGCAAUUGGUGGGCAAGUCGGCACUCGGCGACCCAGACAAGAUCACGCUUGAUGUAGCGACCCUGAUCAAGGAAGAUUUCCUUCAACAGAACGGUUACUCGGAUUAUGACCAGUUCUGUCCACUCUGGAAAACAGAGUGGAUGAUGAAGGCUAUGAUGGCGUUCCACGACGAGUCGCAAAAAGCAGUCAGCCAGGGCCAAAGUUGGGCCAAGAUCAGGGAAGCUACAAGUGAUAUUCAGAGCGCGCUGAGGAGCAUGAAGUUCGAGGUACCUAGCGAGGGCCAGGAGAAGAUUGAAAAGAAGUACGAGGCAUUGAUGCAAAAAAUGCAGGAGAAGUUCGCGAGCGUGGUGGACGAGUAGGGGCAACGCUAAGCUAAAUAUUUAUAUGUGAUUCUCGGUAUUGUUUCGUUUACCCGUUUCUGUCACAUUGACUGAUAAAUAGCACAUGAUUGCGAGAUAGAGACUGUAAAUAGGCGUAAAAUAGGACAGCCAUGUAGUAAACAUUGAAUGAUAUGCCUUCAACCUUAA